AUGGUCCGACAUCAGAAGGCAGUAUGCUCGACGUGCCGUCGUCGGAAGAGCAGAUGUGAUGGAGGCAUACCACGCUGCUCUGCUUGCGCCGCUAGCUCUUCUACCUGCCAUUAUGAAAAAGCACCAUCGAUUGCAUAUGUGCGUUCUUUGCAGUCCCGAAUCCAGGAGUUGGAAGCAAAGAUGAAAAAUGCCGAAAUUGUUUCUUCUCCGCCGUCUUCUUUUCUUGAAACUUCAGCUUUCGCCAGCCAAUAUGAACAUUCCAUCUCUUUAAAUGCCAAAGGGGGUGUCAUUUACCACAACCAAACCUCGGCUAUUCAUGAAGAUCCACCGGAUGCUUCUCAUCAAGCACCAGACUCUGCAGCUCAACCUGCUUCGUCAGCAACUGCUCGAGAAACCACUAGUGAUACUCGACAACACCUUGUUGCAAAUGCUGCAGCUCAGAAGAACCUUGAAUUGCUUACUUUGAAUGCUACAUCUCCCCAGGCUGAUGUACCUUCAGAGAUUUCAAAUGUGCUCCUAAGGCUGCAUUGGUGCUGGUUACACCCGAGCUUCUUGUUCGUCUACCGCCCGGCCUUUACAAGAGAUUUACUUCAAUCAGCCCUGCAGGGACACGACACCAUAUACUGCUCUGCGACCUUGUUCAAAGUUCUAUGCGCUCACAGCUGUCGCUUUAUUCGUGACCCAGAAGCUUUGUGGAGCGCUGAAACGCAAAAGGAAAAUUUCGCGCAACUCAGCAAUCGGCUCAUGACAGAGGCAAAGGCACAUUUGGCGAUGGAAACACUGAGCCAACCUUUAAUCCCUACAAUCCAAGCGCUAUUGCAACAAUCCGCUCUUGAUAUUGCAUGUGGUCGAUCAUCAUCAUCAUGGCUGUAUUCCGGUAUGGCCUUUCGUAUGGCGAUUGAUCUCGGACUACACGUGUCUCCUGAUGUUUUACAGCGUCACUCCCUUGCCCUGUCGACAGAAGAUGUCGAAAUCAGAAAACGCUUGUUCUGGAGCCUCUACGCAUGGGACAAGCAUAUUAGCCUCUACUUAGGUCGAAUGCCCAAUUUCUUCAUGGGUGCCGAAAGUGUCUCGCUGGACUUCCUUGAUGAUUUUAUGGAUCAGGAACCCUGGGAGCCCUUCUACGGGCCCGAUCCAGCUUCUACCGAGCUCCCCGCAUAUUCCGCAGUGCCGGGCCACAUAGUAUCUUGCUUCACACAACUAUGCAAGCUCUGUAAACUGAUCUCGCAGAUGUUAUUGAAUCUGUACAGCUCCAGUUCCGUCAGCGAAACCCCAUCAACACCAAGCGCUCGGGCGGCAGCAUUCGUGGACAUAGAUCGAAAGCUGCAGCAGUGGCAUGACUCAUUGCCCUCAUACCUGCACAUUCCCCCAGACAAGAUUCCUGAGCUGAGUCCACCCCCACACAUCACGUCACUUAAUCUGAUGUACUAUAAUACCCUUAUUCUACUGCAUAGACCGCUUGUCUCCAGCGGACAGGCCCUGUGCUCGGAGGCAUCCCGGCAAAGCUGGAAGAUAUGCCGAUCGGCGACGACGACGAUAUACCACCUCUUACAAAUGUAUAUCAAGACGUUUGGCUUUCAUCAUAUCACAUACAUGAACAGCUACUGUACAUACACAGCUGCGACGACUGCGGUAUACCAACUGGAAACCUCUCACAUCAGCCCACAUCCUGAGCACACCAAUGAAGCAGUAUGGACCGAAUUGAGGUUCCUGCUCGACAUUCUCCAACGCACAUCCUCUUCCAUGCCCGGGUUGAAUCGAAGCAUAGACAUCAUUCGAACGCGGAUCAAGAGGAUACUUGAUCGGCAAGCGGCCCGGCAACUUGAUUCCCUUUUCCCCGCCCAAACACCGUCCGUCGGGCAAACGAGCCGGCGGGCUGCUCAGGAGGCACCGACGCCGAACAGGGGAAACGAGAGAAACUCGCCUCACAAUGACCCCAAGCCAAUGUCGGUAGACCGACUGUCAGCAAGCGAGGACGCUCUAAUAGAUCCAAAUGACGUGGAUGUCUGGCUUCCGGCAUUCCCAGGCCAAGAUAUCUCCUACGGGGCAGAUGUGAUGCUUGAUUUGAACGACGUUGUCACUCCAGAGACACGGUCUGCCCUCAUGGGGUCGAACUUAGAUCCACAUAUGCAGCUGAAUGCCCCCAUACCCGAAUACCCACAAUUCGGCAACGAUUCUUUUGAUGAUGUCUCUUUCUCUGCAUUGCCUCCCGGUUAG